AAUUCGUUCCAUCUUCACGCAAGGCGAGUGAUUCAUCGUCGCGCGAGCGAGUUGUUUUCUGCUGAAGAGUCCACAAUUUUCUAGACCUGACGUUCGCGUUGUCAAUAUCAGGUUUUUUCGUUGCUUUCUCGCAAUCGGAAAGCUUUUUCCACUCUAGCUUUGCAGUCAGUCAGUGGUGUUUUGCUUCUGUGAAACUCGGGCCCCAUGGUAUAAUUUAUAGAUUUUUUGCUCCGAUCAGUUUCCAAUUUUCACUUCGAUGGAUAGCCCCAGAGGCCAGGGUAGCAGCAGAAAAGAAUCGGCCAAGUUCAAGAUAAGAGCCUAGUUUUUCGGUGUGUACGAACAUUGUGAACGUCGUCGGGGGUUAUUGUUGGCAUUGAAGUGGAAACUGCACUUCAGUGCUCGGUUGAUUUGUCACGGGGAAAUUGGAACUUGUUUUUUUCUCUCUCGAGUGAAAACUGUUUUCAUUUGUGCGGGGGUGGUGGGUUAAUACGUUUCCGGAAGAUUUUCUGGUUGCUUCAAAUACAGCCUCAUAAUCAUGGAUUUAAUAGCACUGGGUUCGGCUCAAAUGGGUGCCGUGGAACCGAAGGAACGAUUGCGGCAACUGGCUGCCCACAGUAACAGCAUUGAGGUGGACGCUAGCAUUCCGAUCAAACGGUACUAUCGAUCCGGCAUGGAAAUGGUCCGGAUGGCACAGGUCUACAUGCAGGAGGGCAACUCUCCAUCGGCCUACAUUCUGUAUCUGAAGUUCAUUACCUUGUUCGUGGAGAAAAUCCCUAAACACCCGGAAUACAAGCUUGCUCCGGCUGAUUUGAAGCAGCAAAACAAAACUAAGCUUCUGGAGGUCAUGCCGGUAGCUGAACAGUUGAAGGUUAAACUGCUAGAGAAGUACACCCGCGAGUAUAACCAGUUUCUCGAAGCCAAACGAAUCGAGAAGGAGCGCGAAGAAAAGCGCCAACUCGAGCAGCAAAAACAGAAAGCCAAAGCAGCAGCCCGGGUGGUUCCCCCGGAACCGAGUGCUCCUCCUAUGACCUCCUCGAUGCUAGUCGAUUCGGAUAUGCUGGACCGGGUGCUCUACCCGAACGAUUUCCCCACGGAUUUGAACCGUUCAACCGGGACCGGCCUUUUGCUACCGGACACCAAACCAUUCCCAAAGCCCAGCUUCGACCGGACCUUGAAACCGUCGCCAACGUCGGUCGUGGCCGGUAACUUGCGAUCUGUGAUAGUCCCUACCAACACGAUGGCCAAAUUCUUGCAGCUAGCGGCCCGGAACACCGCCAGCAAUGUGGAAACGUGCGGAAUCCUGGCAGGUCGGCUAGCCCACAACCAGCUGCUCAUCAGUCACGUGAUCGUGCCGAAGCAGAAAGGAACUUCGGACAGCUGUACCACGAUGAACGAGGAGGACAUCUUCAACUACCAGGACCAGAAGGAUCUGAUCACGCUCGGGUGGAUUCACACCCAUCCCAGCCAGACGGCGUUUCUGUCCUCGGUGGAUCUGCACACGCACUGCUCCUACCAGAUGAUGCUGGAGGAAGCCAUUGCCAUCGUUUGUUCGCCCAAGUAUCAAGAGACUGGUUUCUUCUGCUUGACACCAACCUACGGACUGGAUUACAUCUCCCAGUGUCGACUCACCGGUUUUCAUCCGCACCCCAAGGAUCCACCACUGUUUAUGGAAGCCCUUCACAUCGUGCUGGAGGACAAAGCAUCGGUGGAAGUUGUUGACCUACGAUAAAUCACUGCUACAGGUAAACCUGACAAAUUAGGAACGUUUCCAAAAAGAAUUAGAGAAAAAAAAACUACGACAUUUUGAAGGCUUUGAAGUGUGAGCUACACAAUUACUUCAACAGAUAUCACAGGUAAACUUUCUCAAACGAAGCAUACUGGAUACAAAUGAGAUAGGACAUCACAUGCAUUAAUCUAAAUCAGAAAAAAAUAAAUCUUACGAAAUCCGCACGAGAUAGACGUUUAGGCGAUCGUACUAGUACUAAAUAUGUUUCCAUAUUCACAGAUUCCUACGAAUAUACAUAUAUACUAGAAGAAGAAACAUACUAUUUAUUUAACAGAAUACUAAAAAAACGAAAAGAUUAACUAUGCAUUGUUUAGAGACUUUAAAAUGUAGCUAAAAAUGAAAAGAGAGAGCUAAACAAACAAUUUAACAGAAAAAAAUCGUACUGCAAACAAAGUUAGCUAGAAGAACAGUAUAAGUAGUAGCCUUUAAGGAUUCGAUAGAGAUUUUUUGUCGCGCUGGUUUUCAAAGUGCUUUAUUGAAAGGUAACCGAUUUAACCGCUUAGGCGAAGUGACAGCGAUCAAAUCGCCGUUGUGGUGUCACCAAUGCAUAUUUAUUGGAAACUUUUCAACAAACAAGAAGCAUCUAUUUUAGUAAAAAGAAAUUUUUCAGCAAAUAAAAAACUAAAAACGAGAUUGGCUUUCGAUUGGAUAUUAUGAAUCUUUCCUAGUAUUUUUAUUCCUAAUUUCGUAACCGAGUUGCUUAGCAAAGUUUGACAGUCGUUAAUUUUACUUCUGUACGAUUGAUUACUCAUAGGUUUUUCGUUGCCAGCUUACUGACUCAUGCUUGCUUUACACUCAGAACUAAAAUAGGCAAAAAAAGGAAUUUCCCGGCUGUAGAUGUUGCUGAUAGUAAUGGUGUGUAGUGACAUAGUAGCGAUUGUUUCGUCAUUUUGUUCGUUUUUUAGAGCCGCGAGUGUGUGAUUGAUGCGCGCAGUGUAUGUGAAGUUAUGUUUCCUUAGAUUGAUCAUUGAUAUUGUGUUACGAUCCGAUUGAUUAUAUUUCAAAUGAGUCAACUGUAAGAAA